UUCGGAAAACACACAAACGGAGAAGCAUUAUGGAAUACUCUGGAGUUAAGCUGUUGCUCUUGCUCCUGGGAGCCUUCUCUGUGGCUGGCGCUGCCGUGUCGCAUCCUUUUGCCACCAACUACACCAAUGACAUCCUGCGGCUGGCCAAGGCGGCCCACAUCAAGGCCUACAUGGGCGAGGAUCAGUCGGAGGCGUGCGAUAACUUUUACAACUUUGCCUGCGGCAAUUGGCCGCGUCUGCAUCCGGCCAGGAUCCACAAUAAGCGCACCAACUACCUGGAGGAGCUGCAGGAGCUGUACAUCCGCAAGAGCGCCGAAAUGUUGAAGAGUUCCCCGCGCAGCGCUGACAGCAGUGCGGAUCGCAUACUCAAGAACUUCUUCAACUCGUGCUGCCAGCAGGCGAACGACACAAGGUCCGCCCUGACGGCUGCCCUGCUGCAGGCCACGGACUUCCGCGGCGGCUGGCCAGAGAUUCGUGUGCCCUCGUGGUACCAGUACGAGUACGACUGGCUCAAGGUGGUGGCCACGCUGAAGCGGCAGCUGGGCGUGGACAUAUUCAUUGGCCUGGAUGUGAUUGUCGACUACAAGGAGGAGCAUAUGCAUCGCAUCAAGCUCGGCGCACCAGAGCUGCCGCUGGGCAAGCGUCGCCUCUACCUGGACAGGCACCAUCAGGGCACGCGGGAUCUCUACCAGCGUUCGAUACAGAAAAAACUAAAGUUCUACUUCCCCGAACAGUCCAAGCAAUGGCUGAAGGAGGUCUCCUCGCAGGUGCUCAGCAUUGAGGAGCAGCUGGCCAAGGGCUUGCCCCACAAUGCGGCGCUCACACUGGAGCAGACCACACGCCAGCGCACGGCUGCCGAUAUGAAGGCUGCGUAUGGCAGCUAUGUGGACAUCAGUCGCUACUUGCAGCUCAUCUUCAGCGACACUUUGUACGUGGACAUAUACGAGACGCCCGAGGAUUAUCUGUCCAAUCUGGUGGACGUCAUACGCGGCACGCCCAAGCUGCAUCUGGCCAACUACACCAUCUGGCGCACCCUGGACACCCUGGAUGCGGCAAGGAUCCCUCCGACUGUGCAGCCCGAUAUCUGGUGCAUCAAGCUCACGCAGCAACACUUCCCGCAGCAGCUGGAGAGUCUGUUCCACAGGAACUACAACAACAUGCAGAUGAUCAACGAACUGCAGUCCACAUGGACGGACAUCAAGCGCGUCUUUCGCGAGGAUCUGCAGGCAUCCGAGCGGCUGCACUGGCUCAGCCAGGACACCAGGCAGAAGGCCAUUGCCAAGCUGGAGUCGCUGCAGCUGCAGUUUCGCUCGCACGACGAUCUCCAGCUGAUCCGCAAGCUGCAUGGCCUCCAGCUGGAUGCCAAGAACUUUUACCCGAAUCUCCUGUCCGUGCUGCAGUGGGAGACACAGCGCAAGCUGGCCAAACUCAUGCAGGAGCCUGUGCUGGAGGAUCAUCAAACGCACAAGCUGCCGCACUACGAGCUGAAGAGCAACAAGAUCCAGGUGCCCAUCACCUUCCUGCAGGCACGCUUCUUCUGGGACCCGGCCUACCCGAAUGCCCUGAAAUAUGGCACUCUGGGCGUGCUCCUCGCUCGCCAAAUGCUGCACGGCUUCGAUGCGGUGGGCAGGCGCUACGACAGUCACGGCUAUCAGAACAAUUGGUGGGAUGCCACCUCCGAGACAUCUUAUUCCCGACGUGCCCAAUGCUUCCAGGAGCAGUACGCCAUCUUUGUGCAGUAUCGGGAGAAGCCGGUGCAGGAUAAGCAGCUCCUGCGUCGCAUUGUGGCCGACAACGGGGCCCUGGACAUUGCCUAUCGGGCGUACAACAAGUGGCUGAAGAACUCGGCCGAAACCACGGCCAUCUAUCAGCGGGAGCGUCUUCCACUGCUGGAUCACUCGAACCAGCAGCUCUUCUAUCUGGCCUAUGCGCAGCUCUACUGCUCUGACUAUCCCGAGACCCUGGAGCGCUACGAGGAGCUGCCCGAACAGCUGCGCAUCAAUGCGGCUUUGUCCAACUCGCAGCAGUUCACCAAUGCCUUCAGCUGUGCCAGCGGAUCCAAGCUGAAUGCUCGCUUCAAGUGUACCCUUUAUUAAAGAGGGAAGAAUUAAAUCUAUCGCUAUCUAUUCCAUUCCAUUACUCGUAAACGGAGAACACAAAUAAGAGUGUAAAGUUUAAGAAUAUUAAAAUGAACGAAAA